AUGGUCCUCACCGCGAGAGGGAAGGAGAUGAUAUGCAUCGUGUCGGUGCUGGUCGGUCUCUCCUUUAUUGCAGUCAUACUGCGCGCAAUCGCCAGACUGAAGCGAAGAGUUCACUUUGGCGUUGACGACUAUCUUUCCUUUGCGUCAAUUAUCCUCCUCCUCGGCAUGCUGAUUGAACUGGGGCUCUGGGUGACCAUCGGAGGCAACGGAGCCCACCAAGACAGCCUGAACAAUGGCACCAUGAUGAACUUCUACAAGAUCUUCCUGGCCAACCAAUUCACCUACUUCCUCCUCUGCCCGGCCAUCAAAGUCUCGAUCAUCUGUUUCUACCGGCGGGUCUUCACGACCAAGCCCUUCCAAUGGACGACGCUGGGCAUCAACAUCCUGAUCACGCUGUGGGGGCUCGCGAUCUUCCUGGCCUGCGCGCUGCAGUGCCGGCCGCUGCGGGCCUACUGGGACCACGGCGUGGCGGGCCAAUGCCUGGACGGGAUGACACUGAUCAUCACGAACCAGGCGUUCAACGUGCUGAUGGACUUCGUGAUCCUGGUGCUCCCGAUCCCGAUGAUCUGGGGCCUGCACCGCGCCUGGCAGGACAAGCUGGCGCUAAACGGGGUGUUCGCGCUGGGCGCCUUCGUCUGCUUCGCCAGCAUCUACCGCAUCGUCGUGCUCUUCUGGAUCGACGCCGCCGACACCACUUAUACCGUCUACCAGGCCACGCUGUGGACCCACGUCGAGCCCUCCAUCGGCCUCAUCUGCUCGUGUCUGCCCAUCAUCCGCGGCCUGUUCCCGCGCUUCAAGGUCCCCAGCCACCGCCGCUACCGCUCCGCCCCCUACUACAUCCCCACCGACGUCAGCACCUCGCAUGCUGCGGCGGCCGCAGCCUCCGAUUUCUACAAAAUGGAGGAAGGCCUCGGCUCGCGCUCCACCUCGACCGACGAGCGCGACGGCUCGAUCUCGUCCAUCUUCGCGCAGAGCCAUCACCACCACCACCAUCCCAUGGACAUCACCGUGCGCACGGAUAUCAAGAUCAGCGAGGAUAAUUCGAGCGGUCGUGCGUGA